AUGAAUCCAAUUCUCGUCUUUUCUCAUCUUUUCUCGUUUUCACUUCCUGAAGCCAACGCUCUUUUUCCCUCGAGGGAUUUUCACUACUGUUCGGUCGAUAAUAUCAAGGAAAUUACUUUCUUUCUUUCUUUCUUUCUUUCUUUCUUUCACCUAAAGCCCUCUCUUUUUGGCCAUAUUUAUUUUUUUGAAUUUGGUUCCCGCUUUAUGCAAUAUUUUUCUUUCUGUUCUUAUCUCUUACAUCGCUUCAAUCCUUAUCAUUCAUUCAUUCAUUCAUUCAUUCUUUCUUUCUUUCUUUCUUUCUUUCUUUCUGUGUUUUCAUUUAUUUUUCAUUCUCUUUUUACGGCAUUGACUGAUAUUAAUUCUUUUCCUUUUUAUUUCACUUUCCUUCCUUAUUCCUUCGUCAUUCCUUGUUUGCUUUAUAUUCCUAUUGUAUCUAUUUUUUUCACUCUUUUAUCACUCCUACCAUUUUUUGGGUUUUCUUCCUCGUUGCUAUUCUCCCUCUCUCACUCUCUUUCACCCUCUCUCUCUCUCUAUUCCAUAUUGUCUUUUUUGUCAUUAAUAAAAGCUCAUUCUGUUUUCUCUUUUUUACCUCACACUUUAUUCACUCCCGCUUUUUUGUUUUUUCUUCGUACACAUUUCACAUCUUUCCCUAUUUUCCAUCGUAUCUAUCUCACUACCUCCUAUCACCAUUUUGAGGCCAUUCGUCCCAACUUUCGAUUAUUCAACUUUCUUAAUAUCUAUACUACUUUGUCUACGUAUGUUUUUUUUUUGUCUUCAUUUGUCCCCUGUUUUGUUUUUUUCAAUUUUGUCUUCUUUCUCUGUAUCUACGGUUCCUACACCCAGCUGCGCUCAACACCUUGUCCACCUUUCAAAAUAUCUCCCCACUUGCCAUCACCAAUAUUUUUUUUGCAUCUCUUGUCUAUCACAGGUUUCGUCUUUUUCUCCCACCAGAUGACUUUAAAAAUAGCAAACUUUCUCCUUCUCAUGCCGUUCCCUUCCCUACCAUUGUUUUAUUUCUUCUUCUAA